AUGAAGCCGUCGGUGGUAGCCGCGUUGCUUUUCACUUUUCUCUCUCUUCACUCGGCAGAUCGGACGCUCGGCGCGCUUGGAAAAUCACGCAUCGAUCGCGAGCCCCUGCCGGCUAAAUUGUACGAUCCCGACUCGUUCGACAAUCUGAGCGACGAUGCCUGGGUCGGACGAAGUUUGUUCUACGCUUACAGAGACGUGGACAAGAAUUUCGAAGAGGCUGCAGCAGGACGACGCUUCCUCAUGCUCGUGCCGGACCUGUUCAAUCAAACGGACCACUGGUCGUGCCCACUGCUGAAAGACUAUCAGAAGCUGCCCAGCGAGACGAAUCAAAAAAAGCUCGACUUUACCCUGCUGUCGCCGUACAGCAAAAAUCUCGUGGUUUACGGCUCGAUCGAGGCCGCGGCGGACCUCGACAACAAGCGCAUUCGCCUGGCGAGGGUUCAGCUGGCCGAUUGCGGCGCCCGAGUCACCGAGAUGACUCUCGACGCGCGCGACGACGCGAUCUCGUUGCUCAACGUUCUGCCCUACGUCGACGGCACCUACGACUUCGUCUACGUGGUCGGACCGGCCAACAGCCGGACCGUGAGGACGACCUACGAUCCACAGGGCAGACGAGUCCAGCGCACCGACUCGUGGUUCCCCGUGGCGCCCGACACCGAGGAGCUGUCGGUGGUGCCGCUGCGGCGAGGCACCCGCGAUUCCGGACACUUGCUCAUCGAGAAGACCGACAAAUCGCUCUGCGUGACUUUGAUCGAUAAAUACGGAAAAGCCACAUUGCUGAAAAAUCACAAAUACAUCCCUAAACUACCUCCCAAGGAAGCAAUGGACGUCCGAUACUUGCGCCGAAGCCACGGAUAUCAAUUCGAUUAUUCGCUCGAGCACGACACCGUAGGUCUGUGCUUCCAAGGCGGACGAAGCGUCACCUGUUCCCAGUUCGACUUUGCGGGCAACAUGAAGCUGGAAAAGUCCAUGAAGCUCGAUCGAGACCUGCUGGAGCUGGCCCUGCACAACGAGCCGGCCAAUCGUGGCGGAUUCCUGCUCAUGCUGACCCUCGAGGAGGACGAGGGUCUGCGAAACGUGGACAAGCGUCGCUUCGUCGACGGCGCCGAGCGGACCUUCGCCCCGAUCGCCCGCGAAAAGGAUCGCAGAAUUUUCCGAAUCGACGAGCGCGGCAGGAUUCUGGGCUCGAUGGACAUCUACAAGUUCGGCUGCGAGCUCGAGCCGAAGAUCAUGAAGCCGAGAUUCUUCGACCUGGGCGGCGGCAACUACUGCCUGGCCAUGAUCUGCUGGGACUCGACGACUCUCAGGCAUGCAGCCAUGGGAGUGGCGAAGAAUUGUUUCUCUCACGACGAUUUCACUCAAAAAGCGUAG